AUGUUGAUGAUGCUGGUGGGCGCGUGGUGUGUCGUUCGUGGCUGGCUGGCGUGGUGGGCCCUGGUUGAUGGCGGCGCCCGUGGAUCGGCCACGUUGUCGUGGGCGCUCGUGGAUUGUCGUGGUGCCACCUUGCUGGCGGUGGUCGCUUCCUGUGGUGUGGUCGUCAUUGUCGUUGCCAACGUGGGUGGUGGGAGGGAAUGGAAGUGGGGGGACGAGGAUGGUUGGUGGACCGGAUUCCAUUACAUUCCGUUCCUGUGCAUUCCGCGGAUCAUUCCGGUGUCAAUUCCGGAAUGCCCAAAUUCCGCCGGAAUGGGGGGCACUGAUAAGACCUCGCUUGAGCGGGUGUUGACGCCAGAGGUCACUCAGGAGAUUCUCUGGGAACUCUGCCACAUGAGUUUCCAGUUUGAACUCUUGAGCCUAGAUGCUCUCCUUGCCGACACAUUGUACCAUGGCCGGUGGGGUGUUACAGAUGCAGAAGCGGCAAGGUCUCGCUCAGAGCAACUUCUCAGGGUAUUUCCCUUGUCGGGUGAUGUGCUCGGAUCUUUUAUGAUCAACGAAAUCCCCAAUUGCGACUUGGGUUUGACAUCGUUUGAUCUGGAAGAAUGGAACCGUCAUCUUGUGGAGCUUGGGAGGUUGAUGUGUCCAUGGAAGGGUUGCCCGGAUUCAAUUAAGGAUGCUAGCCACCUACCGAUAGAGGCACAUGUUCAGGCACUGGAAGAAGCGUGUACGAGCUUCUACUGCCAGUCUUUCUUUGACAACUUUGGUCGUGCACCCAUCAUCCCUUGUCGCCUUCCUCGUCGUUCUCUUGCCACCCAGAGCCAGUUAGCUUUGCAGAUUCAGUGA